UUGAGCCAAAUUUGCUUAGCUGUCCACCAAAAAUACCUCUGCCAUGUGAGGAGGAAUUUAGCGAGCAACGAUGAUUUAAGAAAUGCAAUGGCCUUGACAUAAAUUUCUAACCAUGCUCAUCUAAUUAAGAUAAUAUCCAAGCAGGAAUAUUUCAGCAGAGAUAAAGAACGGGAAAAGAGAUGGAAUCUGGGCUAUCCUGGGCUGAUCAAUGGGAUUAUAACACCCCUGACCCUCCGCCGCAGUCAUCGUCAAACAAAGAUGACAAAAAGGGGAAGGGUGGGAAGAAGAAGAAGAGUUUUGGCAAGAAAGUAUUGAGCUUGGCAUGGAUGAAAGAUAUUCGUAAGAAAUCUCAGAAAUGAACAAGACUGAUUUCAUCAUGUUCUUCUCUCAUUCCCUUGAUAGAAUCCAUUGUCAUCCAGGUUCGCAUCCUUCUGAACAAUAUACCUUCUGGUGUUGUUCUGUCACUUCCAUCUAUGAAUUAAAAAUAAAGUUUAUCCCGUAUUCCUUCAGAAUUUAAACAUCUUUUCUUUCAUUCAAUCAGAUUGGUAGGCCAUCAUUCAACGUAGGAUAUCUCCAAUAAUUCUCAUGAUUCG